AUGCGCAGAGCGGAGCGGACAGCUAACACCAUAAAGAUGGACACGGAGCAGCUGGAGACGCGGCUGCUGCUGCUGGAGAGGCGCGUACACGGGGACAGACGCAGGAGCGGGAAACCCGGCAAGUGUGCGGAGUCUCUGGCCAGGAUCCAGGCUGGUUUGACCAACACGGCCAACAAGAGGGAACGAGUGAAGAUCCUCCACAAGAAGAUUGAGGACCUGCUGAAGUACCUGGACCCCCAGUUCACCGACCACAUCUCUGUACCAGAUGCCAUGAAGCUGGAGUUCAUUCUCGCUGAGGAGGACUUCCUGCUUUCCCAGGCUGCUUUGCUGGAGCAGGUCAGCAACAUGCAGCCGCUGCUGGACAGCAACUACAUCAGAGAUGUACCAGAACACGCCACCAAGCUCCAGCGUCUGUCACAGAUCCACAUCAAAGAGCAGGACCAAACUGAAGCUCAGGCCCUGGAAGUGAAGAAGCUUUUUGAGGAAUACAACAAAAUGAUGUUCCUGCUGUCUAAGCAGUUCACCCAGUGGGACGAGACCCUGAGGAAGCUGGAGGAGGGCAAGGACAUUCGGCCUGUGGAGUAGCUGCUAUCAACACACACACACACACACACACACACACACACACACACACACACACACACACACACACACACACACACUUCUGAUGAUGAUGAGGACUACACUGUGGUCGGAGCUUCAGACAUAUUCAGCUUGUUUUUUCCCCCAAUAAGUCAGGAUCUCAACAUUUCAUUUGUUUAUUAAUUAUCAAUCUGUAACCAGAACGUAAGGGAAGGUUAUUGUUUGUUUUAGAAAAAUAACAAGAUGUUUCGAAUAAAAAAAAAAAAAACCUUGUCCGUACUGGAGGAACUCGCUCCCGUCAUGUGACGUGUGGCUCGGAGACGCUGCUGCUAUUUAUUUCCAGACAGUGGAGCCUUUUGUGUUUGCGUAUUGACUCCACUUGUAACACAUUCCAGCACUGCCUCCCUGCUGCAGGCCGGUCACAAGACCAGCCGUCCCAGCCCUCACACACUAACACACACAACACACACACACACACACACACACACACACACGCUCUUCUAGGCUUUAGAUUUCCUCUCUGGUUGCCUCGUAACAUGACUCAUAUAUUCUGCUUUUACAAUAGUCUGUAUGUCUCGUGUCAAACAGCAUGAUUGCGGUUAUUACAAUAAAUAUCAAUACUUUUACUCUGACUUCUCCAGUGUGUGUGUGAUGUCUGUAAACUGUUCAAAGCUGCACACACAUUCAAGGGUCUGUGUGUGCGUUAAUGCUGGUGGUCUUCAACAGGUUAAAGGUUCAUUUUCCAAAGCAACAAAGUGUCCUUGAGCAAGAACCUCAGCCCCUGUUUUCAUCCAUCAUCUCUUUGUUG